AUGAGUUUGGCAUUCCACCCCCUGGAUGGAAUCCUGCAGGCGCUACCGCACGUGCUAGCACUCUUCGUCGUGCCAGUUCAGUUCAGAAUGCAUAUUUUCCUCGUAUUUGUAGAGGGCAUAUGGACCGCCAACAUCCACGACUGCAUCAACGCAAAGCUGUGGCCUGUGAUGGGUGCCGGCUACCACACGAUUCACCACACCACCUACCGCCACAACUACGGCCACUUUACGAUAUGGAUGGACUGGAUGUUUGGAACUCUCCGUCAUCCGACGGAGGAAGAGUCCAAAAUGAUGUGA